ACGCCCCACCGCAGGAACGUCGCAGGGCUCAGCGCGGGCCGCGCCUCCCAGGAGGGCCCCUUCCUGGAGAUGGGCGCGGCGGCGGUGCGGCGCGGAGUGCCAUCGUGUGUGAGGUGGGGGCCUGCGUCUGCGAAGCGCAGCAGCCGAUUGUGCUCGCUGUGGAUGCCUGCGUGGCCGAGGCGCCAGCGCGGCUGCCCGGCGCCCGAGUGGCGGCCGCGGGGGCCCCGCUGCGGUCUGGGGCCCAGCCGUGCCUCCCCGAGUGGGCGCGCUGGGCCGCGCUGCUGGAGGGGCUCGGCGUGGCGCAGCUGGCCGUGCAGCGAGGACCUCGGGUCCAAGCGCGGGCAGCUCCUGCGUGACGAGUUCUCGGGCGGCAGCGAGCUGGCCGCGGAGUGCGAGCUGGCGCGCGCUGCCUGGCUGGAGCGCUCGGGCUCCAGGCGCGGUGGUGAGAGCGAGCCCGAGGAGGAGCUCGGCGCGCUGGCGCUCGCGGCCGACUGCUCCGAGGUAGGCCCCGAGGGGCUGCGCGAGUCCGAGGGGGGCAACGUGGUGCCCGUGCCGUGCGGGCUGCACGGCGACAGGCGUGCCAGCGAGCCGAGCGGGGCUGAUCCUGCCGGGCUGGGGCAGGAGUGUGGGAGGAGCAAGCGGGCAUCCUUCGCUCCGUGGCCCGACGUCGUCGACUUGGAGGUGGGGGCCCUGGGAGGCACGCUCGGGGGGGCAGGGGCCCUUCGGCGUUGCCCUGUCCCGCAGUGGGCGGGCCCAGCGUGGGCGAGCCAGGCGAAUGCCGCCGACCUGGUGCACCUCUGCGAGUGCGAGAGGCUCGGCAUCUCCGCGAGGCAUGUCCGUGGGGGGGCCCUCGAGCUCGAGGUGUUCUUUCGUAUGUGCAAACCGAGCGGCGUCGCGCCGCUUGGCGGCGGCUCGAAGCACCGCGCGAAGGAGACGCCGCGGCCGCCGCCCGUGGCCGUCGUGGGGGUGCCCGUGGGUGGCUCGGCCAUCGAGCGCGCCGUCGGCAUGGGGCCGCCCCUGGUUGCGGACAGCGUCGACUGCGCCGCGGGCGAUGGCCACUCGAGCUCGGAGGGCGUGGUCGUUUCAUUCCUGGGCGGCUUCUCGGUGGCGGCGGUGGCGCGUGCGGCCAAGGGGCCGAAGUCGGGAGUUGAGUCUCUCCUGGACUUGGCCGAG